CAAAGGGGAAGACUGCAGAGGCGGCGAGCAACAGAGGGAGAGUCAGAUGAACGCUGAAGAAAGAGACGAGCGUGCAGAAGAGAAGAGUAGGGGCAGCAAGCAGGAGGAAAUUGAAGAGCCAGAGCAAUUUGGUAUGGAUUGUACGGAGUAAGAAGCAGCAUGAAAUCGGCGCUGCAAUGAAAGCAAGAGACAGGCGUAUGGAUUAGAGCAGAUGGGCGGUGAGUUAUCAUUAUUUUCGAAAGAUCCUCCCCUUUUUCUUCCUAUAUAUGGAUGUUGAAGCGCUGAGAAAGGGGGAUCGAAGUUUUGAGAGCACGAAAGACAAAGCUGAGUUCGACGCUGUCCAAGGGAGAGAGAACCGAGAGGGCGCGAGAGGGAUUCAGAGACAAAUUUGAGAAGGAGAGAGCAACAGUGAACGAGAAAAGAGGAAGAGGCACUGCACAGGAUCAGACAAACAAAGCCGACUAGCACUGUGGCACUGGUCAUAAUCGGGAUGAGACUUUUGACUUCCACUGAGACUGGAUUGGACUUACAGCCAUGACAGGGACCAGAUGGGUAACUUCCAUCGGCAUCUAACUGACAGCGAUGAACUGAACUGGACGUCCGACUUCUACUGGAAUUUGAUCGACGUCAACGACGAGGACCAGACAACUGAUAUCCACCAGGAUAGAACCGAUAGUGAUGACGUGGACUGUACGACCGACUUUCACUGAGGACUAGGCAACCGAUUUUCAAAAGGACCGGAUUGACGGUGAUGACAGGGACCAAAUGGCCUACUUCCACCUGGACUGGACCAACAGCAGUGAUGGGGAUUGGAUGAUCGAAUUCUACUGAGACCAGAUCGACAGUGAUGACAGGAACUAGAUGACCAACUUCCACCGUUGAUUUGGUCCCGAUGGAAGUUGGUAGUCUUGUUCCUAUCAUCGCCGUCACUUUAGUCUCGGUGGAAAUCGGCUGUAUGGUGUUAGUGGAAGUUAGCAGUCUGGUCCCCUUUGUCAUUGUCGAUUCGGUGUCGGUGGAAGUCAGCCAUCCCAUCCCGGUCAUCACCGUCGGUCCGAUGUCGAUGGAAGUCGGCCCUUUUAUCAUCGUUGUUGGCCUAGUGUCAGUGGAAGUAGGUCAUCUGGUCCCUGUUAUCGCCAUCAAUUCGAUCCAACUAGAAGUUGACUGUACGAUCCUGAUGGAAGUCAACUGUUCGAUCCUUGUUCUUCAUUGUCUAUUUAAUCUUGAUGGAAGUCGGCCGUACAGUUCUAGUAGAAGUUGGCCAUCCAAUCCCUGUCAUUGUCGUCGAUCCGGUCUGAGUGGAUGUCGAUCAUCAAGUUCCCAUUGUCAGUUCAGUCUUAAUGGAAGUCGACCAUCCAAUCCCAAUCGUUGUCAUUGGUCCGGUGCCGAUUGAGGUCAGCCAUUAGUCCCCGUCAGGGCUGUCAGUCUGAUCUUGAUGGAAGUCAACUAUCCAGUUCUCGUCUUUGCCAUCGGUCUGGUCCCAGUGGAAGUCGGUCGUCCUGUCCCGGUCAAUGAUAGCAGCUUGUUUCUAUGAACUUUGAUAGUUCAACUAAUUACCAUUAGGAAGUUGAUCAAGCCUUAUACAUUUGGGUCAAGGUACAAAAGAGCUUGAUUUAGGAUUUGAAAUAAUAAAAGUUUAGAAAGAAUUUCAAAUUAUAAAGAA